ACCGCACCCGUCAAAACUUCGAUCGGACGUCUGAACACGAAACGAAACGGGCAGUAUGGACUCGGAAUUAUUGGCCCACCAAGCACGAGCAGCGGUAGAUACCCUCACCGCACAACUCCGCUCCCUAGAGUGCGUCCCCCGCCCCGCUCCCAAAACACUGCAUGGCGUCGUCGCCAUCGGCUGAUACAUGGAUGCCUUUUUUACAGGAACGAGCAAACAGCGCUCUUGCACUCGCUACAAUUAACCUCCACAACGCUCUCCACCCUACCCGCCUACAACUCUAUCGCCCCAACCUUCUCCCAGAUCCCCGUGUACGAGUCGAAACUGGCCCGUCUCAAGAGUGCCAUGGCGGCGCAAGCGCGAGAGGUUGACGAAUUGAAGCGGCGGGCGAGGGAGGCUCAUGAGCGCCGCCGGAGGAAUCUCAAACGGAUCGAGGAGACGAGGAGGGGGGAGCGGGAGCGGGACAGAACGGUGUUGAAGGCUCAGACUCGGCCCGUGGAGGGCGAGGAGAAUGGUGAUAAUAAGGAGAGGGAUGACGGGGAGGUCACGCCGGAGGGGGAGAUCAAACGAGGAGGUACAUCGGUGGGGGGACCAUCGAGGGAAGGAGUCAUUAAAACGGUCAAGAGGAAGAAGAAGGUUCGGCAAGCGGAGAUUCAGUAAACCUGUUCCCCCCAAAUGUUGCUGGUAGCGUUGGCACUUGUAUCCGGUUUCUUGCGAUGGUUGCCGUUUUUUUCUUCCUCCUUUCUCAUUAUCUUACUAUUAUUACCCCUUGUUAUUCUUACCAUCCCGCCCCGCAAAACUCACUUCCCUCCUUUGCAGCAGAGGCCCGCCCGCAGCAACUAUUCCCCUCCCAUCGCGAAUAGCGCACGUACCUUCACAACAUAUCACUCGAAAUGAAAUCUAAUUAUCAUACCGUUUG